AUGUCGGCGUUAGUAGAAGACAGCUCUGACAGAAGUGGCGACCUGCAAGCUACAGAAGCGAGCAAGACUGACGUGCUCACUAAAGAGGCCUCAGUCGCAGUUGAAGAAGAAUCGCGAACAAACUCAGCCAAUAAACCAGAAGGUGAUGGUUCCGCUGGAUCUAAAAGCGAAGACGAUACCGUCUAUGUCAACGGUCACCCUGUUAUCGAGAACGGAGACGAUGUAUCAAAAUUCCUGAUAUCCGAUCGUGAUGAUGGUGACCCUGCCUUCACAUUUCGUUCGAUAGUUCUGGGCACAGCUUUCACGGCCCUUUCUAGUGUGAUCACCAUGAUCUACAUUUUCAAGCCAACCACGAUGCAAGUUUCGGCGGUUUUCCUUCAGCUCCUGGUCUACAUCUUUGGCGAAGCAUGGGCAAUUUUCACCCCUCGACCGGACCGAUUCAAACAGAGAUGGGUACAGAAAACCCUUCGGUUCCUUAACUCCGGACAGCCAUUCGGAAUCAAAGAACAUGUUGUCGCGUCACUGAUCGCUUCAUCCGGUAACAAUGGCCUCGCUGGAGUCGAGGUCUAUGCUGCUGAGCGACUUUUCUACGACCGUAGCGUCUCCGCAUCUACUGCUGUGCUAGCUACUUUCUCCAUCUCCCUUUGCGGAUUUGUCGUGGCGGGCUUGUUACGACCACUCAUCGUGUACCCUGCAGAAAUGGUGUACUGGAGCACUUUGCCACAGGUGGUUCUGUUUCAAAAUCUCCACUUUGAUACCCGCGCGAACAGGGGCCGGCUUAUCAAGUUCGGUUGGGCUCUUGCUCUGGCUGCAAUCUGGGAAUUCUUCCCAUCAUAUAUCAUUACUUGGUUUGGUGGACUCUCCAUCGUCUGCUUGGCAUCGAUGAAAGCCCCAACACACACGAGAACAAUCAUAUCCACAAUUUUCGGAGGUGCAUCGUCUAAUCAAGGAUUGGGUCUGCUCAACUUCUCUCUCGACUGGCAAUACAUUCAGAGUCAGUAUCUGUCAUUGCCAUUCAAGCAACAGGUCAAUACUUGGAUUGCAUAUGUGAUCUGGUACCCUGCAAUGCUAGGUCUCUACUACAGCAAUGCCUGGAACGCCCAGAACUUUCCAUUCAUGUCAAGUUCUCUAUUCAAGAGUGAUGGAACCAAACUGACUACGACUUCAAUCUUGAAUGACAAGGGAAUCAUCGACCAGGCCAAGCUUGCAAAGAUUGGACUGCCAUACUUGACCUCCAGCACUGUUUGGGGAUAUUUCACACAGAAUCUCGCAAUUGGAGCGCUAAUUACUCAUGUGAUAAUUUUCUACGGCAAGGACAUGGUGCUGGCAUGGAAGCAGGCCCGGAAUAAAACCCAACCUGACCCACAUUAUCGUGCGAUGCUCAAAUACAAAGAGGUUCCAUUGUGGUGGUACUUGAUUCUCUUCGUUCUCUGCUUCAUUGCGGGAAUUAUUGUGACUGCCCACGGUGAGACAACUCUUCCUGUCUGGGGCUAUAUAAUCUCUCUACUACUUGGAGGGUUCAUUGCACCAUUCUCCUGCAUUCUAUACGGGCUUUAUGGAAGCGGAGUAGGGACAAAUCAGAUCUCGAAGAUGGUUGCAGGCGCAGUACACCCUGGCAGACCUUUGGCCAACUUCUAUUUUGCUAGCUGGUCUCACCAGGUCAUCUUGCUAGCAGUCAACUUGGCAAAUUGGUUGAAGGUUGGACAGUACACAAAGGUACCGCAUCGGGUUAUGUUUGGCACUCAGAUCUACGCAACUCUUCUCGGAGCUGGUCUAAACUACGCUGUGAUGACCACUAUUGUGACAAACCAGCGCGAGAUUCUCCUUGAUCCCGAAGGAAACAGUGUUUGGAGUGGCUCUUACAUGCAGAGUCUCAAUUCUCAAGCCAUUACCUGGGCUCUGGCCAAGGAUAUGUACGGUGCUAAGAGCCGAUACUUCAUCGUCCCUCUUGGUAUUAUUAUUGGCCUUGCUCUCCCGGUAUUGCACUGGGGCGUGGCUAAAAUAUUCCCGCGGGUUCGCAAUUGGCCGAUCAAUACUGCAAUUAUUGCGUUGUAUUCUGGCUACACCUAUUAUGGGAAUACCUCCUGGAUCUGGUCUUCGAUCGCGGUGGGAGUCUUUUCUCAGUUCUGGCUUCGUCGCCGACUGCCCCGAAUUUACAACAAGUACAAUUAUCUCAUCGGAGCGGCUAUGGAUGGAGGCUCUCAGAUUGUCAUCUUUAUUCUGUCGUUUGCGGUGUUUGGCGCUAGUGGAACAGAGCACCCAUUCCCAACGUGGUGGGGAUCUCCUUCUGGUAGCCCAGAUCAUUGCUUAUAG